GGGAGUAUAUAAAGGGAUGCGUAGACGACUAUAAUAAUAUGCAUCAGCGUCAUCGUCAUCGUAUCGGUCUUGGCAACCUCCUUAACCUUCUUCCUGUGGUGCUUUCCCCUAACCAGUGUGCCGUCCCAACUUCGAUCCGGAAAUCAACAGCGACGAUGGCGACAGAGCCCAAGCCAAAGCCUCCAGUGGCCAAGAAGGUGGAGCACGUUAUGGAAAUGUUCGGGGACGCGAGGAUCGACAAGUACUACUGGCUCCGUGAUGACUCCCGCACCGAUCCCGAGGUCCUCUCUUACCUCAAACAAGAGAAUGCCUACACCGAUUCUGUCAUGUCCGGUGGCAAAAAGUUUGAAGAUGAGCUGUUUGCGGAGAUAAGAGGGCGGGUGAAGGAGGACGAUGUGUCUGCCCCUGUUCGCAAAGGGGAAUACUACUACUACGAGAGGACUUUGCAGGGUAAGGAGUACGUUCAGCACUGUCGGCGUCUUAUACCCAAUGCGGCGGGGGCCCCACCUUCCGUGUACGACACCAUGCCCACAGGCCCUGAUGCCCCUGAGGAGCAUGUUAUCUUGGAUGAGAAUGUCAAGGCUCAAGCUCAUGAUUAUUAUGUAGUUGCAGCUUUCAAGGUUAGUCCCAAUAACAAGCUGGUGGCCUAUACGGAAGAUACCAAAGGAGAUGAGAUUUAUACUGCCUACGUCAUUGACUCUCAAACUGGGGCUCCUGUGGGCAACCCUCUUCUGGGUCUCACUUCCUAUCUCGAAUGGGCUGGUGACGAUUCUUUAGUUUACAUCACCAUGGAUGAAAUUCUCCGUCCUGACAAGGCAUGGUUGCAUAAACUGGGAGCGGAACAAUCACGGGAUUCCUGUCUUUAUCACGAAAAGGAUGACACGUUUUCUCUUGAUCUUCAAGCUUCUGAGAGCAAGAGGUUUUUGUUCGUUGCUUCUGAAAGUAAAAAUACAAGGUUCAACUUCUGUCUUGAUGUUUCAAAGCCUGAAGAUGGGCUUAAAGUUCUUACACCUCGUCUAGAUGGUAUUGACACGUCAGUCAGCCAUCGUGGAGAUCAUUUUUUUAUUCGGAGGAGAAGCGAUGAGUGUUUCAAUUCCGAGAUAGUAGCUUGUCCUCUGGAUGAUACAUCUGCAACUACGGUUCUUCUUCCCCACAGGGAAAGCGUAAAAAUUCAGGAUAUGCAGCUCUUUAAGGAUCAUCUCGUUAUCUAUGAGCGUGAAGAGGGUCUACCAAAAGUAACUAUUUAUGGCCUUCCAGAUGCUGGAGAACCGCUUAAGAGUCUUCAAAGUGGUCAUAUUGUUGAUUUCAUUGAUCCAAUAUACUCGGUGGAACCAUUACAGUCACAGUUUUCUUCCAGCAUUUUACGAUUUGACUAUAGCUCAAUGAAGACUCCUCCCUCAGUGUAUGAUUAUGAUAUGAAGGCAGGCAUUUCUGUUCUGAAGAAGAUUGAAGCUGUGUUGGGGGGUUUUGAUGCAUCGAAUUAUGUUACUGAAAGAAAAUGGGCCAGUGCCCCAGAUGGCACUCAGAUUCCUUUAUCAAUUGUUUAUCACAAGGAUCUUGUGAAACUUGAUGGGUUGGAUCCAUUGCUACUUUAUGGCUACGGUUCUUAUGAGGUAUGCAUAGAUCCCAGUUUCAAGGCAGCAAGGCUGUCUUUGUUAGAUCGAGGUUUUGUUUAUGCAAUAGCUCACAUUCGUGGAGGUGGUGAAAUGGGGAGGCAGUGGUAUGAGAAUGGGAAGUUCUUGAAGAAAAAAAAUACUUUCACUGAUUUUAUUGCUUGUGCUGAGUAUUUAAUAGAAAACAAGUACUGUUCAAAGGAAAAGUUGUGUAUUAUUGGAAGAAGUGCCGGAGGUUUGCUUAUUGGUGCUGUUCUGAAUAUGAGGCCUGAUUUGUUCAAGGCUGCUGUAGCUGGAGUACCUUUUGUAGAUGUUUUGACUACAAUGCUGGAUCCAACUAUCCCCCUCACUACUUCAGAGUGGGAGGAAUGGGGUGACCCCCGGAAGGAGGAGUUCUACUUCUACAUGAAGUCAUAUUCCCCUGUUGAUAAUGUUAAGGCACAAAAUUAUCCUGAUAUUCUUGUAACAGCUGGUUUAAAUGAUCCACGUGUUUUGUAUUCAGAACCUGCUAAGUUUGUCGCGAAACUGAGGGAUCUGAAGACUGAUGAUAACCUGCUGUUGUUUAAGUGUGAAUUUGGUGCUGGACAUUCCUCGAAGUCAGGAAGAUUUGAGAAGCUUCAAGAAGAUGCCUUCACGUAUGGUUUUAUAAUGAAGGCUCUAAACAUGAUUCCUGACCUCGGAAAUGGGGAGAACUGAUGCCUUGCUGCAUUGAAAAGAAGCGUCAGUUGUGAAACAGUAUCAGCAACAUCUUGCAUGGGAGUUAAACUCAUCUGGCGUGCCGAUUCAUUUAGAGUGUUGAUUGCUGAAGUUAAAUACUUGUAGCAUGGAAAAACAGUCAUUUGAAAAAGGAAAAAAACAAAAACAAAACAGAGUUCAUAAUUUUAUCCCUUUUGUAUUUUAUCCUAUUUGGUAAUGUGAUGGUUAAUGUGGAUGAAUGGAUGAUUGUUCAA